UGGACGGACGCAGUGCCAUGGCUCUGUCGCUCGGGGGUGCCAGUAGUUGGAGUGCUGGAAGUGAGGUGACGUCACGAAACGAAGAUAACGAACCGGUCCAAAAAGAUGAUUCUGGGAUGUCCGGGGUAGAGGAGGCUGAGGAGGAGGAGGAAGCGGGGAAGGAAGAGGAAGAAGAAGAGGGAGGAGGAGGAGGUGAGGUUGAGGACGAGGAAGAGGAGGAAGGAAGAGAGGAAGGAGGAGGAGGAGGAGGAGGAGGAGGCGACGACGACGAGGAAGAGGAAGAGAAAGAAGAAGAGAAAGGAGGAGGAAGAAGUGGGCGUCUUUGGGCGCUGGUGCCCCUGUCGCGCGCCUCGAAGGGCGUGCUUGGAGCCCGAGUCAUGCUGGCCUGCAAGCUGUCCUGCGUCCUGCUGGUGGCCUUCGCGGCGGUGCAGAGCAGCAGAGGUCCAUUAGUCCAGACAACACCUGCCGCCCAGCCCUUCUUUCCGAGACACUCCCUGGUUUCGGACUUCCACACGGGGGAUAUUGUGGCCCUGACUGAGCGCCUGCUAGCCACUGACAUCUCCUUGGUGGUGUACUAUGCCCCUUGGGACAGGGAAUCCCAGGCUGUCCGGUGGGAGAUAGAGAAGGUGGCCAGAUACCAUCAUGAACAGGUUUACUUCGCGGCCAUCAACUGCUGGCACCCAAACUCAGAGUGCCGUGCUCGCUACAAGAUCCGCACAUUCCCGGCCAUUGUACUGCAUGUACGCUCCUCCUCGGGCCAAGAGACCAAGGCCAUGGCCUAUGGGGGUCCACAUAAUGCUGGCCACAUUGUGCGCUUCCUUUCACGUGCUCUGCGACCUUUGACCCAUGUGUCUAGCCAUGCUGACCUGGCCAGGCUGCAGAUGGAGUUUAGUGCGACCGUCCUGGGCUACUACGACUUCACGUCCUCUGUGCAUCUCCCUAAGGGCUUCAUGUCAUUCUACUUGGCCUCGCUCCGUGCCUUACAACACGACAACACCAACACCAUAGCCUGGGGCGUGGUCACUAAUCCCCAGACGGCCCGAGCACUCUCCUUCAAUGGCACCAAGUCCGUACACCUGGUGCUCUGGAACACCACGCUGUCAUAUACAGGCGCUGCGAAUGCUGACAGUGAGGGCAUCAGCAACUGGGUGCUGAAGAGACUGGACGAGACGGCAGCAUGGGUAGACCUUCCGGGCACCAAGAGUCUGGCCCUGGACCGGCUACUGCAGAAGGGGCCUGCGCUAAUUCUCUUCACCCCAGACAACCCUUAUCACACAGCCAACGAUCCCUUUAAUUUGCUCCGUGAGGUGUCACUAGACUACAAUAAUUGCAAUCGAUCAACACGUGUCAACAAUUUGGCUAGCUACCUUGGUUCAGUGCGAUCCAGAGGGCGAAGGCAACUGCGACAGGCCGAGCGGGUCUGCAAAAACUACCUCCAAGAACAGCUGCGCAUCUUGCAUCUUUCCCGAGAACAACUAAAUCUAGAAGAUGAGACAUGUUGCCGCACCAUGCCAGGAGAGCGCAGUGCAUCCCCUGGAGGGAGCCACCACGACAAGGUGUGCGACGUAUGCGUCCACCCGGCUAACAAAGCUACAAGCCCUGAGCACAUGCACUGCACCAAGCCAACUUCAUGGGAGCAAGAGUCUAGUCUCCUCCAGCACGUGAACACGCUUAUGUCUGUGUUCAGUGACUCAUGCCGGGAGCUGGUCCUGCAGUACAGCCCCUGGGAACACUACUCGGUGUGCUGCCAGCGUAACAGCACUCCUGCCAAGACCAAAACCUCGCCCAAAACCCCAGUUGCUGAGGAGAAGAAAGUGGCAGAUGAUGUGGUUAUGGAGGGCCACACUGAUGACCGAAUAGAGAAACUGGUUGCCUUUGCCGCAGAAGACCAGUGCAAGAGGCUGUUCCAUGGGUCCCUCCUGGCUCCCCCCUCCUUGCUCAAGGAGCAGCAUGAUGCCCCAGACAUAACAGGACUGGGCUGCCAGAGGAAUCAUACCCUUUCCUUUGCUGCUGUGGACUCUCUGCGUCACCGCCGGCUGGCUGAGCGACUAGGCAUUAACUUGACUUCGCCAGAGCCACACAACACGGCUGUGGUCAUCCUAGACACGCAGCGGGAGGCCCACUUUGUCAUGGAGGCUCCGCUCUCCAAAGCUGCGCUGGCUGCCUUUGUGCUCAACUAUACCAGUGGCAGUUUGGACAGGACAAUGCUGUCUGGGGGCUCAGCGAGAGGGUCAGGGUGUGAGGAGGGCCAGGUGUGUAUUCGGGAGCUGACGUCUAAGGACUACGCAAAGGUCACGCAGGAGCCAGGGAAGAUGGUGGUGGUGCUCCACUACAGUGGGAAUUGUGCUGCUUGUACCACAGUUGGCCAUGUUUUAAUGGCUGUGGCGCAGGUGGCCAGACACCUGCCCAACAUCACCUUUGCCAGGAUUAAUGUUGCCACCAACACGCUUCCCUGGAACCUGCACUUUGAUGCGCUCCCAACCAUCAUUGUUCAUCCGCAUGUCCACAAAAGUGAGAGCAGAAUUUUUGACCUGAGUCAACAGCUGACCCCUGCAAACCUGAUGUCAUUCCUAGUGAGCAGCCUUGGCCCUGCUCACCGCCUGGCCCUGGCACUCUCUGUUUGCCAAGACCAGUGCCAGGAGCAGGUCUUGCGUGCAGCCAGGCUGGCCACCACACAGCACCACCACUCCCUCACAUCCAACACCACAAGGCUCCUGCAGGUGUUGGAGAGGAUUACAAGCCUCACCAAAGGGGCAGUAGGGUCAAGGGGAAAGGAGUCUCUUCACGAGGAUGCCCAUUACCGUGUAUUGACACAGGCCAAAAAACUUAUUGUCAGGGACAUCAAGCGGCAGAGAACGAAGCUCACAUACCUCAGAGAAAUUCAGAGACUGUUCUCUGUGGGAUCAGAGGAGGGGAAAGAGGUGGAGGAUGAGAGGGAGCUUCUGCUACCAGUGGAGGGAGACCCAAUGCAUCAGGGGGAGUUGUUGAGGACUCUGAACUCCCUCAUGAAGAAGGGAUCCCCUGUGCCGAAAGACGUAGCCAGCCUCUCUGGCGAAGAGCCCUCUCACAAGCCCACCCAAGAUGAACUCUAGCCCCCCGAGUGUCCAUGGGAGGGAGCCACCUGUUUUACGUCUGCUGUGAUAUACACAUUACUAUAAUAGAUAAUGGACAUAGACAUGCAUACAUAUAUAUAUAAAUAUAUAUUUGUAUAAAGAGAUUGAUAGAAAUAAUUUGAUAUGUAAAUAUUGCUCUUACCACAAUUCUGUCUGUCCUUAUAGUUGAUUAUGAAGUGUGGUUUGGUUUUUGUCUUAGGAAUCAUUUAUUUUUUCGUGCUUCAUUUUUUUAUGGCCCUAAAACACUUGAAAAGAAAAAAAUAAUUAACUGAAAAGAUAAAAAAAAAAAAAGAUUAUAUUUAACAAAUGGUGUCUGUGAUGGGGUCUUUUUCCAACUUGUUUUGGAAUGCAACAUUGAUAUUUUCAAAAAAUGGAAAAGGAAAAUUGAUACAGAGAAAUCAUUUCCCACUUCUGAGAAAAUACUGCUCUUCACAUGUGUCUUUGCAUUGGUUCUGACUUUGGCGUUUCCAUAGUGUUUGAGAUUGUGAUGUGAUGACGUGCAGAUAAUGUGAUGAUGUGAGUGAAUGUAUUGAUAUGUUUAUUUAGUAAAAGAGUUAAACAUG